AUGGAGACCAAGAACAGCUCAGUAGUAACAGAAUUCAUUCUUCUUGGCCUGACCCAAUCUCAAGAUACUCAACUCCUGGUCUUUGCACUGCUUUCAGUUUUCUACCUAAUAAUUCUUCCUGGAAAUUUUCUUAUCAUUUUCACCAUUAAAUCGGACCCUGGACUCACAGCCCCACUUUACUUCUUCCUGGCAAACUUGGCCUUCCUGGAUGCCUCCUACUCUUUCAUUGUAGCUCCUAGGAUGCUUGUAGAUUUCUUCUGUGAGAAAAAAGUCAUUUCCUACAAAGGGUGCAUUACACAACUCUUCUUUUUGCACUUUCUUGGAGCAGGAGAAAUGUUCCUUCUUGUUGUGAUGGCCUUUGAUCGUUACAUUGCUAUAUGUCGUCCUUUGUACUACUCCACUCUCAUGAACCCUAGAGUCUGUUACAUAUUAUUGUUGGCUCUGUGGCUUGGGGGCUUCGCUCAUUCCAUUGUACAAGUGGCCCUUAUCCUGAACUUGCCCUUUUGUGGGCCAAACCAGCUGGAUAACUUCUUCUGUGACGUCCCACAGGUCGUUAAGCUAGCCUGCACUGAUACUUUCGCAGUGGAACUCCUGAUGGUCUCUAACAGUGGUCUGCUUACCCUCUUAUGCUUCUUGGGACUUCUGGCCUCCUAUGCGGUCAUCCUCUACCAUGUAAAAGGGCACUCUUCCGAAGGGAAGAGCAAAGCUCUCUCUACAUGCACCACCCACAUUAUAAUUGUAUUUCUCAUGUUUGGGCCUGCCAUUUUUAUCUACACCCGACCCUUCCAGGUUCUCCAAGCCGACAAAGUUGUCUCUCUCUUCCACACUGUCAUCUUUCCCCUGAUGAAUCCUGUGAUCUAUACACUUCGCAACCAGGAAGUGAAGACUUCCAUGAGGAAGUUGUUAAGUCAGUAUGUGGUUUGCUGACUGGAUAAA